AGGUGGUAAGUGGUUCGUGGCGCUAGUGAACUGGGAUUUAAUAAUACAGAGUGUACGCGAGAGAUGACGUGAUUUUUUUUAGUACAGUUUUGAUAAAUUAUUGAACAAAGUUGUUUCUUUGAAAGCGAUUAUAUAUGAUAGUCGUGCUUUUAUAGUUGCAGAGCGUCGGUGAAAGUGGUUUCUAGUUUUUACAAGUUGAAUGGAGCCGAUAAGAUGAGGUUUUACGAAGCUUCGGUUCUGACGAUCUUGAUCGUACUGCAAUACUUUUGCGGAAUUUGCACGACAAAUUUGCUCAUAAAUGUUAAAAAUCAGGGAGGAGAUAUUUUACAAGAAACCAUAACGUCCAAUAUUACGGAAGAUGUGAUAACUUUGGAGUUUCAGCGAUCCGAUGGGACUCUAGUUACUCAACUUGUAGACUUCAAGAAUGAAGUGCAAGUCAUAAAAGCCUUAGUUUUAGGAGAGGAGGAACGAGGACAAAACCAGUUCCAAAUUAUGUGCUUCGUCAAUCAUUUUUAUAAAAUGGAUUUUAUAUCAUCUGAUGCAAUGUCAAAACUAAGACAAAAGAAUCCUGGUACAAUUAGAACUGCUGAAGAAGACAAAGGUCAUGCCAAUUAUACAAUGGACUUAUUUCUGGAUGUUUCCCAGUCUAGUGUAGUUUCUAAACACAUAAGCGAUAUCUGCUCCGAAGCAGCAGAUUCUACAUUCACGAGAUACGAAGAUAUCAAGCACUGGGCUCAGAGACCUGGUUCCUCAGAAGCUGCACUUUUGUUAGCUGUACACAACUUUACUCUUGCCACUGCUAUUCAAGCUUCGGUUAAUGCAAAGCCAUCAGUAAUAUCAAAAUGUGCAGACACAUCCAAUCUUUGGGCACCAUGCACUUGUUCCUUAGAAUUAUGCAUUGGCUGGUAUCCUUGUGGACUGAAGUUUUGUAAAACUAAGGGAGAUGGAAAGAAAGUAGCAAGUACGUACCGAUGUGGCAUCAAAACUUGUAAGAAAUGCUUCAUUUUCUCUUACUACUCCAAAAUGAAGCAAAAUUGUCUAUGGGAUGAAUGACAUAUGAGGACAACCUAAUUAUAGAUUAGGUGCAGCCAAACUUAACAAUUACCAGUGUGUUAUAAAACAAAUUUAACCAAGUGCACAAACCUUUCUAAAAAGAAAUAUUUUAUGAAAACGCUUUUGAAAUGUUUGAAUCGUUCAUUAAUUAUUACAUAUUGAAGCCACAUGUGAUUGUAAAAUUGUUAAGCAUUUUCACGAAAAGUCGUUUUCGAUUCCAUAAUUUGUUUAUAGAAUUCUUUAGAGGUUAAAGCUAGGAAAAUUUUGUACACAUUCCAGUGAAUACUCUAGGACAUAGAAAAGAUCAAUUUAAUGAGAUUAUUUCGACGUUUACAGUCCUAUUAUUGCAGAUUAACUUCCUUUUGAAUUAUAAGACUUGAAAAAAUGACGAUUCAUGAAAUUGAUCAUGGAAUGUUUUUAAAGACUGUAAUAUCUGUCCAAUUGAUGAUAAUUUUAAAUACUGACAUUGAUUUUCGCAUUGCCAUUCCGCACUGUUUGCAUUUUUUAUCUAAUUCAAUGUGUAAUACACGUACAUACAAGUCAAUUUCAGUCAAAUGUUGUCGAAUUAUUAGCAUUACUAUUUUGUUAUUUGUAGUAAUGUUAAUAGAAUUCGAAUAUGAAAUGUAACACUUAUAAAUCAUAGCAAUAUAUGUAAAUAAAACUGUAUAUAACUAAAUGAAAACCGCAAAACUUUAGAUAGGGUAAGGAUGAAAAUUCCAAAACAAAUGAAAUGCUUUAAAGUGAUGCAAGAUUAUUAAUGCAUACCCCUGUAAAAUUGUUUAGCUAGCAAUAGCAAAUAUAUACUCGUAGAGUUGAGAGAUUAUAAAAUUAUGCAUCCAGGUCCAAAAUUAGCGACUGCAUUUUAAAAGCUAGCUAAAGCUUUUGCGUUAGUAAGCAGAUGCGGAUCAAGCACAUGUUAGACUGUCUCUGUGAAGAGAGUUAGUAUGACAUAUUGAGUAUGCUUUACAUACAUAAUACUGUAAUUUAUAUACAUAUUUUUUAUAAAUAUUUAAUAAAAAUAUUAAACGUA